AUGCCCAAAGACCCCAAGCCCAAAGACCCCAAGCCCAAAGACCCCAAGCCCAAAGACCCCAACCCCAAAGACCCCAAGCCCGCCCUCACCGCCGCCCUCUCCCAAGCCCUCACCACCCGCGCCGCCCUCUCCCGCCUGCGCACGCUCUCCCUCCCGCCCCCCGCCGCCACCGACUUCUCCUCCAACGACUUCCUCUCCCUCUCGCGCUCCCCGCACCUCCGCCGCCUCCUCCUCGCCGAGCUGUCCACGCACCCAACCCACCCCCUCGGCUCCGGCGGCUCCCGCCUCCUCGACGGAAACACGCCCUACGCCUGCGCGCUCGAGGCCUCCAUCGCGCGCCACCACAGCGCCCCCGCCGGCCUCCUCUUCACCUCCGGCUUCGACGCCAACGCCGCCCUCUUCGCCUGCGUCCCGCAGCCCGGCGACACCGUCGUCCACGACGCCCUCAUCCACGCCAGCGUCCACGAGGGCCUGCGCUCCUCCCGCGCCGCCGCGCACACCGCCUUCGCCCACAACGACCUCGCCGCGUUCCGCCGCGCCCUGGCCGCCAUCCCGCGCGACGGCCGCAACGUCUUUGUGGCCGUCGAGAGCCUGUACUCGAUGGACGGGGACGUGGCGCCGCUCGCGGAGCUGCUGGACGCCGCCGACGAGCUGCUGGAGCGCGGGGCGCUGUUCGUGGUGGAUGAGGCGCAUGCGACGGGGGUGCUGGGCCCGGGGGGGAGGGGGCUGGUGGCCAUGCUGGGGGUGGAGGAGAGGGUGUGGGCGAGGCUGCAUACGUUUGGGAAGGCGCUUGCUUGUAAUGGCGCCAUCAUCCUGACGGACGCAAUAACGCGCGAGUACCUCAUCAACUACGCCCGCCCGCUCAUCUACACCACGGCGCUCUCCUUCCCCGCCCUCGCCGCCAUCAGCGCCGCCUACACCCUCCUGCGCACCGCGCACGCCGCCGCCCUGCAGUCGCGCCUGCACACCCUCACCCUGCUGCUGCACCAGCGCCUCUCGUCACUGCCGCCGUCGCCGCAGACGCUCACGCUGCCGCCCGUGCGCCCCACGCCCAUCCUCGCGCUGUUCACGCCGCACCCGCGCGCCCUCGCGGCCCACCUGCAGAAGCGCGGGCUCGUGGCGCGCCCCAUUGUGUUUCCGACGGUGCCGGCGGGGACGGAGCGGGUGCGGAUCUGCGUGCAUGCUGGCAACACGGUGGACGAUGUGGAGGCGCUUGUGGAGGCUGUGCGCGAGUGGGUUGUGGAGACGGCGAGGGGGAGUAAGAUCUAA